AAAAGACAUUCGAUUGCCGACAGUUGUGCUUCGACAGACCUCCAGUCGACAUUGUGUUCUGCUUAGGCAACGCAUACCAGAAUAACAAGACUUUGCUGGAUAUGAGCACGCCUUCUCUCGACGUGCGUCCGGCGUCUGGAUACUGGGUUGGGUCCCAUAGUGGCUCAAGGCCGGGAUCAUGGACCGCUUCGUCGCGGAGGGGCCCUCCGUGCCGAAAACCGUCAAAUCUCGGAACCCAAAACGGGCAGCAAGGUGCCAAAAUCGACGUCUGCUCAGUAUCUCGCAGAGUGAUACUGGUCAACUCCGGAAUUCCGGCAUGACCAGCUCUGGUACAGCUUGAUCACACCUGUCAUCUCGACAUCUGCCAUGGUGACACCAGGCCGGACAUCGCAGCACCAAACUCCAACCUUCGGGUCAGCACCGAAGCCAAAAGCUGAUGAGAUUGUGUUUCAGGGCCUAAUCAAAGUGUUCGAUCAGACCAGUCUUCGCAGGCCACUCCUUAGCCUUGAAGCAGGAAGCGGCCAUUUCCCUUGCAGAGGCGAUCAGGAGAAGAGGAUACCAGCGGACAAGCCGUCGUCUAAAUUGAGACUGCAAGUUUCAUUAGCACGACUUAGGUACACACUGGUAGGCCCCGUGCAUACGAAAUGGACCACUGAAGAUGAGAAUAGCAAGAAGGCUGAUGGAUCCGUUUGUCCCUUGUCUCGGGUACGAUCCGACUGGAGUCAAGUCAAUCAGAGGGAAACAGUGGACUUGAACUUGAAGCGAAUGACAGCCAUGCCAAUCAAUGCGAUGGUGACAGUGAGGGAAAUUCUCCCAUUGGUAUUUGAUGCGGUAAGUGGAGGAGAUGGAGGUUGAAAUCCGCAGACGGCGUCUGAGCUUUUCAGACCUUUUGCUUUUGCCUGCGCCAAAGUGAGACGCCAAAUUUGGCGAACCACUUGAAGUUUGACUCAAUUGCAACGCUGCCAGAGACCACAACUUGAACCCUGCUGCUACUAUUCUCGGGCUCUACUGGAUUCACUGCCAAUGUUACUGCUGCACGGCUCAUCAGACAUCGGAUCCUGAUCCUCCUUGCACCGGAAUGGCGUACAGGCUCCUCCAGGACCCAUACAGCCCUACUCUAACGGGGUCUUCACUCUCCCAAGGAUCGGUUGUCUUAGUCCCAUCUUCGAGGUAAGAAGUACUCCUUAUUGCAGCCAUGUCUGCGUUCGUUCCUUUCUGCAGCCGCUGCUCUCGUCUGGCUGAAGAAGAGAAGCGUUUGUAUUUUACGCCGCGAUGGCGUUUACUCUGCCCCGAGGUUGGUCGCCGGGAAGACUUCUGAUCGCCUUCCUCGUGCUUGUGUCGCUACUUGCGUUCCGAUCAUAUUACCUUGCCUUCCACGGAAGUUCCGAGUUCAAUGACUAUUCGUACGACUGGUGGAAGGGAAACGAACUAGACGGCUCCAUUACUGUGAGCGACGAUGGCCUCGAGCAUAGCCAGAACAGUGCAGAAGAUCACGGCUUCAUCCCAGAGAUUCCCGACUUUACCGACCCCGUCAAUCAGACAUCUACCGGCCCGUCUCCUGCCUCCAGUUCCUCUUUCGCGUCCGCCGUUCCAGCGUGUCGUCGGCUUCCGGGAGCAGACAAAGUCGUUGUUAUGGUCAAAACCGGUGCUACCGAGGCGCUCGCCCGUAUACCAGAACAAAUUGUUACCCUUGCCGACUGCGUCCCAAAGUUGAUGAUCUUCUCGGACAUGGAACAAGAGAUAGGGGAAUUCCACCUGAUUGACGCGCUGGACGAGGUGUCUCAAGAGUACAAGGAUAGUCACGAAGAUUUCGAAUUCUACAAGGAGAUCCAUGAACUACAUGCUGCCCACGGCGACCUGAGUACGCUUGGGUCUGCUAAAGGCUGGGAUCUAGAUAAAUGGAAAAACAUCCCUAUGCUUCACAAGGCAUACACGAAAUACCCAGAUGCAGAUUGGUAUGUCACCAUUGACGCGGACACGUAUCUUGGCUGGACAAAUCUGUUGCUCUUCUUGGACCGGCUGGACCCGAAUGAGCCAUUCUAUGCAGGAGCCAUCAACUUUUAUGGUCCCGUAACAUUCGCUCAUGGCGGCACGGGUUACGUCUUGUCUCGAAACGCCGUUGAAAGAUUCGAAAGCAUUCGCACGCCGGAAAGGAUCGCAGACUGGGAAAAGGAAACCUCGACAAUCUGCUGCGGAGAUGUCAUGCUUUCUGUCGCCAUGAGCGCUGCCGGUGUCAAUGUUAGCGGUGUCUGGCCCAUGUUUCAAGGUGAUGCGCCCGCCGAUUUUGGAUGGAACGAACGUCUAUGGUGCACUCCGGCCAUCACUUGGCACCAUAUACACUCGUAUGACAUCGAAGCGCUUUGGCAGUUCGAAAGAGAGUGGAUCAACAAGACUUGGGAUGACAACCGUCCAGGUGCAAAACCGUACCUGUUUGCAGAUUUGUUCGAUUACUUUGUCCAGGACUUUAUUGCCCACGACAAGAAAAAUUGGGAUAACAAAUCUGGGGAAAAGAUCUUCACCAGACCUCAUCCUGACCACGUCCCAGAGAACACCGACUGGGACUGGAAGAGCGAUGAGGAAAAGCAAGAGCUGUGGGAUAGUCUCUCGGAAUCAGAAAAGGCAGCAACAGGGUCUAUUGAGGCAUGCCGUGCAGCUUGUGAAGCUGAGCCCCAAUGCUUACAAUUUUCAUGGCAUCCCGGCACAUGCAAAUUAGAUCGUUCCGUCAGGCUGGGUCAUGCAGUCGAAGCAGAACAAGAGACCAUGUCUGGCUGGAAUCUGGAUCACAUCGAACGAUUCAAGAAAUUGAAGGAUCGGGAACAUUGCGAGAUUAAAUGGGAUAUCGACUAUCCUGACUGAUGAUGUUUUUUGCUCCCUACGCCGGGCAACCUCAGAUGCUCCUCGGACGACCAUUUCCUCUGCGAGGUUCUUCAGCUUCCUUCGCUCCAACUGCUUCACCACGGUAUAACCUCUCCUUUCCAGUCGCGAAACCCACCACUAGUUUCCUUGGUUGCCGUGUCGAUCAACGCCAGCAACCCCUCGGUCACCUUGUCUAGCGGCAUGAACUGGUCUGCUAACUGUGGAUUUGCCUUCAGCGCGGCCUGAAGGACGCUGGAAAAGUCCCGCAUCAGAUCCGUCGACACAGGACCUGGUGUGAACAGCUCGAUGAUGAGGUCCGGAUAGUCCACACUGAGUUUCCGAAUAGUAUGGUUCAGCGCGGCCUUGCUCAACCCAUAGGGCACAGUCUGAGCUGCGUGAAACUGAGGCAGGCGCUCGGUAGAACCGAUGGCGGAACUGAUGGCGAUGAACUUCGCCGGUGGUUCCCCUUUCUCGUGGCCACCUUUUUCCUCGAUAUCAGUUUUACCACCCCGCUGCAUGAGAGGCAGGCAUGCUCUGAACAGACGCAACGGCCCGAUGGUGUUGACGGUGACAUGCUUGAGGAUUUCUUCCGGGGGAGUCUCAACUGUGGGUCCGCGCCAGCCUAAGACCCCCGCAUUGGCAAUCACCACGUCAAGGCGGGCAAUGCCGUGAUCCCGCUGGGCUAUAGCCACCGCAUUCUCUGCUGCAUGGUGAUCGGUCGCAUCAUAAGGGAGGACGAUGAGCUUGGCCGUCGUUCCUGCUGCCGCCGAUCGCAGCGAUUUGACGGUUUUGUCUUCAGGAUUGCGGACCAGCGCGAUGAGAGUGGUGUUGGGCCGAGAAAGGAUAUGCUCAGCUAAUCCUCGUCCGAUGCCGCGGUUGGCACCGGUAAUGAGGUAUGUUGUCGUGCUUGUCAUGGCGACGCAUGUGCCACUGUAUGGAUGUUGUGUGUUUGUUUAAACGAUUGGACGUUGUGAUGGUCGGACAAUCAGCUGGCUGUUGAUUUCUUUCCUCGAGCGAACACUGAGCUUGGGCACGGGAUUCCAGCUGUCCCCUCCUGGGGCUUUUUAUACGCUCGAUAGAUUGCCAGAGGCUACCCGACCGGGGCAUGAGCGUCCGCACAAGCAGAUGAAACAGACCUGGCAUCAUGCAAGGCUUUGGCUUAACUCCGGUUCGUUGGCAUAUUUCCGCAUGGUCGAGGUUGGUUGCUCUUUUCGAAUGAUGGGCACACUUCUUGCCAGACCCAAAUCAGUUUGCACAUCGAUCGACCGACCCAUUGGACCAUGGUUAAGUGGCUGUAACGCCGCCGCCAGACGUGUCCGUUAAAGUCUCCUAUCAUGGGGAUACUUGGCCAAUUUGGUUUAUGCAGCCUCAUUUCCUGCAUAUAACAUUCACAACGCACAGUCGGUGAACGUUGUGCAAUCUACAGUGUCCUUCAGCAGAGAUGGACUGGGCUUAAGUCCGUCAUAACUCCGUCACCCAGUGUACCUAUGACAGAGUCCGGGUCCAGAUAGGGGAAGACCUAUGGAAAACGUUCCUUGACUUGUGCCGUCGAACCUAUACUGUCGACAUUCGAGGCAGUGCAUCGGUUUUUGCGGGUUCUCAUUCGUGGCCGAACAACGUCGGCCCCAACAGACGCCGCGUCUAGUUUAUAUAGGGAUUACAUUACUGGCUUGGAAUCCUUAAGUCAUAUUAUAGAUAUAUACACAUUACCACCAACACACAAAAAGAGCAUUACUCGCAGGACA